AUGGCCACUACCAACGAGCACAACGUCUACUUCGGGCCGGAUGCCCUCAAGAAGUACUUCGACCCUGACUGCCAACCUCCGUUGCCGCUCGUAGAGCUGCCACGGCAUCUGAACCCAUUCCAUCAUGAUGGGGUGCGCAUCUAUGCGAAGAUGAUGACGAUGCACCCUGCAAACAAUGUCAAAGCGUUACCAGCUAUGAACAUGCUUGAAUCAGGCGUGAUACCUGGACAGACACAAACGAUAGUGGAGUAUAGUUCCGGCUCGACAGUCAUUUCUAUGUCGAUGAUUGCACGUGUGAUGCAUGGCAUCGACGACACCCGAGCGUAUCUCAGCAACAAGACCAGCGACGCCAAACUCAAGCUGAUGCAAUUCUUCGGGCUUAACAUCACCUUGUUUGGUGGCCCGUCACAGCCGGAUCCUUACGAUGAACGGGGCGGCAUUCAAACCGCACGUGCAAGAGCCAUGCAGUCCGAUAACACCCUCAACCCCAAUCAGUAUGAAAACCACGACAAUUGGGGCGCCCACGUCCGCUGGACCGGACCGCAGAUCUUCAAGCAACUCCCCGAGAUCAACGUCCUGUGUGCUGGUAUGGGCACCUCCGGAACCAUGACGGGACUGGGAACUUUUUUCAAGCAGGCAAAGCCGUCGGUGUUGCGGCUGGGGGUGUGCACUGCACCGGGAGACCGAGUCCCCGGGCCGCGAUCGUUCGCUCUGAUGAAGCCUGUGGAGUUUCCCUGGAAAGCCGCAGUCGACAUGAUCGAGGAGGUCACGUCAGCAGACUCAUUUUCUCUGUCGCUGGAUCUGUGCCGCGAAGGGAUUGUUUGUGGCCCAUCAUCCGGGUUCAAUCUGCAGGGCCUGUUGCAGAUGCUCGAGAAGCGCAAACGCGGGGGGACCUUGACGCAGCUGGCGGGACCGGAUGGUUCUGUUCACUGCGUCUUUUUAUGCUGUGACUUGCCGUAUCAGUACAUUGGGGAGUAUUUUGAGAAGCUGGGACCCCAGAGGUUCCAUCCCAUCCAGAACGAGAAACUCACGCGGGUGGAUCUUCAUCGGUACGACGAGAGCUGGGAACGAAGUCCUGUCGUGUUGUUCACGCACUUCUACGAAGCCCCCAAGUCGUUUACUCAGGGCCUCCUGAGCAACAUCACCCUCCGACCGGCGUGCUGUAUCCUGGACUUGAGAACAGCCGUCGAUUUCGAUUCAUGGCACCUCCCCGGCUCGGUCAAUAUUCCCUUACAUAGUCUCAGCCUCCAUACAGCGAAGCCGUUCGCCAAUCCGGAUGUGCUAGAGGCGCUCUGGCUGGAGAUGGAGACGUUGUUCAGUGAUGACAGCAAGCUCGCGCAGCUGGUUUCCCACCAUGUGCUGGUGAUCUGUUACAAUGGCGACACGGCACGUAUUGCCACUAGUGUGCUGCGUGCCAAGGGAGUCCAGGCGGAUAGUCUCCGAGGAGGAUAUCAGGCGCUGAAAGAUCACGGACUUUGGGAACAGGAGCAUGUGGAUGGCAGCGUGGUUGAUGGAUAUCCGAGUGUGUCUGUGUCUGUAAACAACUUGUCGCUUGCCAAAGCGUAG